AUCACCUUCUCAUCUUCCAGUUUAUACAUUUUACUUGGAACAUUGUUGAAGUUGAAGAACAACAACUACUAGUUUAAGAUACGCAAAUGGCUUCCAUCAGUUACACUACACAAGGCUUCAUUCUCCUCCUAGCUGCUGCUUCUCUGUUCGCAGUUAGCGAGGCCAAAACCAUUGUCGUCGGAGGGAGUGAAGGCUGGCGUUUCGGCUUUAACUACACAGAAUGGGUCCUCCAAAACAGCCCUUUUUACAUAAACGACGAACUCUUGUUCAAGUAUGAUCCGCCAAGCGAGAAGAACAGCGGCUACAGCGUGUACCUGCUUCCCAACCUGUGGAGCUACAUAAGCUGCGACUUCAGCAAGGCCAAGAUAUUGGCCGGUCCAAACCAGGGUGCCGGCAAGGGCUUCAAAGUUGAGCUUAACCAGUGGAGGCCUUACUACUUUGCCAGCGGUGACAAAAAUGGUUACAACUGCAAGGACGGGCUCAUGAAGCUCUUCGCUGUGCCACUUCCGCACUGGAACAACUGAUCAUCGAUCCAUGCACAUUCACACUUAACAAAAGCCUUUUUGGCCUUGAUAUAGAAUUACACACACACUUACACAUACACAUACCCCAGAUUGAUUAGUAUUUUGUAUUCAAUAAUUCUGGAAGGAUCUGAGUGAGAAUAAUGAAGAUGGUGAUCGAUCUUCUUCUUUCUUUAUGACACUGUAUGCGAGUUAUAGGGGAAUAAAUUAGUUGGGAGCUUGUUUUACAUAAUAAAAGAUAAAUUUGUUUGAGUGUUAUACUAAACAUUACAAUCUCAAACUAUUAAUUCAGUUAACUAAAAAGCAUGUUUAUGGAUCUAUACCAAAUAAUGCAUCAAACAUUAACGUUUAACCAGUC